AUGACUGAAGUAAAUACCUCCGUUUCACAACCCCCAUUCCCCAUCGCCAUUCGACCAGAACACAUUGUCGCAACAGAAACCAAUCUCAUCAUCGAGCCAAAAUGCGAUGACCAUUCGCCAGAAGACUACAUUAUCAAAGACAGAGAUGGCUCGACCGUCUUCGCAGUGGCAGGAAAGAAGCAUGGCAAGCGGUCUGGUCGUGAAUUUCGCGAUGGCUCCGGAUUGCCUUUAUUCGAGAUGUACAGGGUAAUUGGGAUUUCAAGACCGUUGAGAGUACGAUUACCAGGGACGGUGGGGAAGAAAGAUAACCUGGUUGAAUUUUCCAUGUCGGUGCAUUAUGGGAAAUUUGACAUGAUCGUGCAGAAUGCUGCUGCGGAGACGGCGAAGCAUGAGGGUGAUAAACAGGCUACUGUUCAUGUGCGACAGGCGUCCAAGGAGUCGAUUUAUAUAUGGGAGUUGCUUGUGGGAGACGUGAAGGUGGCCGAUAUACGGGAGAGUAAGGAGAGGAACGGUUCGUUGGGAUGUGCUCCUCAGACAAAUACAUGGUAUCCCAAGCCUCCUAAGAGAAGGGUAUUGGACAUCAAAGUUGCAGAAGGUUUUGAUAGCUCACUGGUGGCACUGGCUGCAGUUGUGCAGCUCUACUUGCUGUAUAGCGCCGAUUGA